CAUAUUUUGUAGUUUGCGAAGAGCUGCUAGCUACCUAGCUAGCUAGGUAGCUUUAAUUGAUGAUAUAUAGUCAUCAAACGUCAAAUAUUUCUCAAUGUCGUUUUUGUGAAGUGAUACUGAACGGUGUACAAAAAACGCAGUGAAAAGGCUGUCAUCAAAGGACGACUCUAAAGAAGACGGCAAACCACUAACUGGAUAGUUAGAUCCGCUAGAAGCCCAUGCAGUCGACGGUGGAGACGCUGGAGAAUGCCUCCAUACUGUCGGAGAGCUCGUCACAAGAGGGACAUCGCUUGUGGAUCGGCAACAUCGACCCUAAAAUCACAGAGUACCAUCUCGUGAAGCUCCUGGAGAAGUUUGGGACGGUGAAGCAGUUUGACUUCCUGUUUCAUAAAUCUGGACCCCUGGAGGGUCAGCCCAGAGGAUAUUGCUUUGUCAAUUUCCAAACUAAAGAGGAGGCUGAACGAGCCAUCCAGUGCCUCAACGGAAAGUUGGCCCUGUCCAAGAAAUUGGUAGUUCGCUGGGCACAUGCACAGAGGUUUGACCAGUAUAGAGGUGACAAAACCUUGCCUGCGAGCCUCGAACCCUCAUCCAGUGCAGAGGAGAUGCCCACCUCACUGAGCUUGAACGCGAAAAUCCGAGCCAUCGAGGCGAAGCUGCAGAUGAUGGAGGAGAACCCGGAUGAGCAGUACUCAGGCCCCUCCGUGUACCUUUACAACAAGCCUCCUGAGAAGAAGCGCCCGGCCCCCUACGGCAAGCAUCACCGCAAAUACCGGCGAUGACGUCGACGCGUGUGUUCGGCGCGCGCAUUGCGGAGCAGGCCCCGCAGCAGUAGCCUUGGGACCGUCACAAAGUGCUACAAUCAGAUUCUCUGUUCUCUGCCGCAUUGUGAAACGUGAAAUUUAGGCUGGAGGGCCAGGCUGGACACGUGGCAAUCUGGCUGCCAAUUGGCUGGACGCCGGUGAGCCAGCCGCGGUGCUUUGUGACUGUUACACCAAGGUUUUUUGGCUAGGAUGCAAGCAACACAGAAUGCUACUGUUUUGUCUAAACAUCUUUCUCAAACUUUUUGACCUAUUUUUUUUUUUUUUUUUUUUUUUUUAAAGAAUUUUUAUGUUUUUACCACUGGCUACAGAGAAUUUUUAAUGAAUAAACCGUACGAUUCUGGAUUUACUGUGGCCUUCUCAAUGUUUCUUGACCUUCGAACCUUUGAAAAUUGGAAUUGUAUGCAAAUGUGUAUUGCGUGUCCCCCUGAAAUUAAAAUAGGAGGUUAUUGAGUGCUUUAAUGUAAUUUAGCUGUGUCUUCCCGUUCUCCAUGUUUCAUAUUUGGUCAUAGCUUUGAUAUGGCAGUAGUGAUGUUCUUUUUGUUGGGAUUGUACGACCAAUAAGAAGUCUUUGGAUUCAUUAAUCCUUAGCUGAAACUAAACAUUUAAUUCUUUUGAAUGUAUAUAUACCAUUUUUCCCCCCACAAGUACUUUUAGGCGAGGACACCAUUGAGUUUGGCAAACAUUUGUCUCUGCAAUUAUCACCAGCAUUUCUUUAAAUUUUGUUUAAUAAGAGUAUUGGCGAUAUAAUACACUAAGUUUGCAAUAGCUAGGCCUAUUGCCUUCGGGUGCUGUUUGCCAUGUGGUUGUGUUUGUCUGUUCUGUACUAAAUGGACUGUCUACUUCCCCACUGUGUUAUUCUGCUAAAACAAGAACAUUUUCAAACCUGCUCAUAUGAGUAAUGAUGUUUUUUUUUUUAAGGACUAGAGUUCAAGAUGAGAGCAGCACAAAAGGGAUAAUAGAUAUUUUUCUUUUUUUGCUGUGCUCAUUUGGUUCUAAUGAGAUAGCAGAGUUUUUUUCAGCUUGGUAAUGGAAAAAUAGAUUGAAUUGUUGUAAACAUGCAAAUCAUAUUGCUGAAAUAAAUGAAUCUCAUGUCCUUUUUUU